AUGUCAGACAGUGAAGAACAGAGUUUACUCAGCAGUGUCUUUGCUGAGGAGAAAUUAGAAAGUGAAGCAAUCCUUGUUUGUGAAAAUUCAAGUAAUGCUGUUGUGUGCAUGAACAAUUUUCAAAUAUUUAAUUCAACACCAAAUUUGUUACGGCGAAGUAAAAGUGAACCUGUGCUAAAAUGUACUGAUGGACCUGAAAAUAUAUCCAUUCAGAGUGAACCAAUCCAUAAGCUGCAAGUGUCACAAAUUAUCACAGGAAGUCAGCAGAGCCAUAGUGAUCUUGAUGCAGCUCAAAACUAUUUAGAAACUGACAGUGAGCUUAGUUUUGGUGAUCUGUUUCGUUUAAAAGACUCAUCAAGAUCCCAAAAUCAUCGAGAUCCUGUCGUCGUUCUUUGGGAAAGGAGCGAUAAACAAGAAAAUAUUGAAAACGAUAUAAUUGUAAAAUUUUAUCUUCAGGGUGGGGAAGUGUUUACUCAAUCAUUUUCCAAAUUUUCCACAGUUCAAGAGAUAAAAAGGGUUGUUUCAGAAAUGUUUAAGGUUCCCUUUAGAGUUUUGCAGUUAGAUCAGAAUAAUAUUUGUUUGCAGGAUACUUUAUAUGUAACUGAAAUAGCGAUUGAACGGUUUGGUUGUGUAACUCUACAGCUAUCUUCUCUUGAACCUGAGCGUUACCCUUUGGUUUUAAAUAAUGUUUAUCCUGACUUGCCAACCAAUGAUGUUUUGACAGUAGUUGUGCAUUCAGGGGAACAUGUGAAGGAAGUUAUUGUUGAAAUAGAAAAUCGUGCAAUAAUUAAGCCUUUCUUAGGGGGCUACCGUCACAAAGUAACACAGUUAGAGUAUCACCAUGCAUUCACUCAAACUGCCCCGAGGCCAUCCAAAGUAAAUAUCAUAAGUCGUAAUACGCAGACCCCUGGGCUCAGCAAGAUUGUCGAGACUAGUAAGCAGAAGUGUACCCAAACCAGUCAAUCCAAUGAAGAUUUGAAAGGAAAUAUAAUUAUAAUAGGUGAUCCAGAAAGACGCUUGAAAAAGAUGGAAAUGGAAAACAAGACAUUUGAAGAAAAGGUGCUCUUGAUUCAAAGAAAUUUGCGAUCAUGGCUAGUACGGAAAAUGAUGAUGAAAAUGAAAGAAGAGUACAAAAGGUGCAUUUUGUGGGAAAAACAACAGAUGCUGCAAAUUAAAGAGGAAAAGGAGGCCAAGCAAAAGGAGAGGGACAAAGCACAGACCAAACCUGAGACAAGAGGUCAUUUUGAACUGCUUUAUCAUAAUUUGGAAGAGUGGAGAAAAUUGGAAACUGAUCGCAUUAAUAAUUUGGGUAGCAUAGCUCUGCGUAAAUCUGAAUCAUUUUCUGUGCUAGAAAUGGAAAUUCAAUACAUCAAUUCCAUUGAAAGGCAGCGAAUUCAACUUAAAGCAGAGAAGAGCAGGAAGGAACAGGAAAAACUUCUUGAAACAACAUCUGCUCCUAUUAAAUGGAGAGGUGUGCAUGGCCAGAUUCUGGAAUUGGACAGUCUGGGGACUCAGCAGGCAAGGUGUUAUAAAGUAUUGUAUGAUCAACUUCAGAAAACGAAUGUGAGUGCAGAAGAAAGAAUUAAAAUUCUCCAGGAUGUUAAAAAGAUUGUGCUUGAUAGAGAAAGUAGCCUCACCGGUGAAUUAGUGUCAUUAUUGGAUCGUGAGCAACACAUAGUUUUGAGGGACAUAAAGAAUAGCAAUAUUGAUUCACUACGUGAUAGAAUCAAGUACAUCUUCCUGGAGUUCAUCAAAGAUCCAGGUAUCAAUCCAGAGGCAAGAAAAUACUUGCCUGAAAAUAAGUGCCAACAGGUUCAAACAUACAAAUGUCUGUCAUGCCGAAAUAUUUUACCCUAUAAUAAGUUUUCAUUGCAUAGUAAAGCAAACACAUUCAGAAAAUGUCAUAAUUGUUGUUGGCUGAGAGAAAUAGGAGGUCCUAGAGUGAAUGUAAAUCCGAUUCGUCACAUUUUAAAUGCAGUGAGGAGAGAAGAGUUGAAGCAGAGUUCCUAUACAUCAGUAGCUCUCAUCAUGCAAGAACAAGAUUUUUAUCAUUUGAUUAUUAAUAUCUGGCUUGGUCAUUCUGCAAUAGGUGGAUCUGGAAGUCUAGAAGAGUUACGCUUAAGCCGCUGGGAUUUCACUCAAAGCUGGUCCCCUUGGAACUGUAUUUUACUCACAGCUGCAGAACUUAAAGCACACUUGAGAUUCCCCAACCCUGACCAGAUUUAUUCUUCUUCUUUUGUCAAAAAGAUUAAACAGAGACAUCAAAUGGGACGAAUAUAUUUUUCUGAAUUAGCAGCCUAUGCUAUUAAAAGAACUCCAGACAACUUGAGAGUAAGCAAAAUGGUUAGGAACAUUAAUGCCUCUAAAGUACUUAUCAACAUGAAUCUUUCAGAGUUAAAUGAGAAGGAUUUCAAAUGAGCAAAGGAACUC